AUGAUCUUGAUGGGCGCUGGGGCACCAGAACCAUAUGCGGGCGAAGACAAGGAUCGUGAAUGGACUGAUAUCUGUAUAAAAUCAAUCUCAAGGUCUUCCUUCUAUGUUCCAGCAUUGUUCAACAGGACAGCUAGUCUGAAGAAGGUUGAGAGAACUUUCAUCAUGGUCAAACCGGAUGGGGUUCAAAGAGGACUCGUCGGCGACAUCAUCCACCGCUUCGAAAAGCGUGGCUUCAAGAUGGUUGCUGGGAAGAUGACGAUGGCCACUGAGGAUAUCAUCAGGACUCACUAUGCUCGGUUUCAAUCCCGUUCAUUUUUCGCUGGAAUCCUGAAAUUCUUUGCCACUUACCCCGUCUUUGUCAUGGUCUGGGAAGCACAGGAUGCAGUGAGGCAGGUACGUCUGAUGCUUGGAGACUCCCACCCGGAUAAUUGUGUACCCGGGACGAUCCGCGGAGACUAUUCUCUCGAUCUCGGUCGAGAUGUCUGCCACGCUUCUGACAGCGUGGAGGCGGCCAACUCUGAGAUUAGCCUUUGGUUCAGACCAGAGGAAGUUGUAAACUAUACGCUCUGCACCGAGCCUAUCAUGUAUGAAUUCUAUGAUGACUUAUUCCAUUCAUGAUUGAGGCAUAAUUCAAUUUCCUUGCGUAUUGCAAUAAAUCGACAACGAAUGGAAUUACAUUGUUCUUUGAAAGUUGAGUAAACGGACUCCUUCU